UUGUGGACCUGGAACAUGGACAAUCGAGAUGGCUAGGUCAUAUCAAACAUCUAUGUUUACCGGAGUAGAUAAAAUACCAUUAUUUCCACAAGAAAAGAAACCAGAAAAUGCUAAAUUUCUUCAAGCGAAUGUACUUAACGGUUUACCUUUUUUAGACGAUACUUUUGAUUUCGUGUAUAUGGGCCUAUUGGUAACUGCAUUUACAGCUAUUGAAUGGGAGAAAGUUAUUCCAGAAAUAGUAAGAGUAACAAAACAAGGUGGUUGGAUAGAAUUUAUGGAAAGUGAUUUUCAAUAUUAUAAUGAAGGUCCUACAACUGCGCGUUUAACUGAUUCAUUAAAAUUAUUUAUGAAAUCAAAAGGAAUUAUCGGACCUCUAGAUUUAUAUAUACUUAGAACUAUGGAAACAAACGAAAGAAUUGAUAAAAAUAUUAAAACUGAUGAAAGAUCAUGUUUUGUUGGGAAAUGGGCUGGUGAACUUGGUCAAUUGGCCAUUGAAGAUAUCACAAAAGGAUGGAUUACUGUCAAAUCACCAAUGUCAAAACUAAUGAAAAUAAAAUCUCGUGAGUACGAUGAAAUAAUAGCAACUUUUGCCAAAGAAGUUGAACAACAUAAAACAUAUUUUAAGAAUUGGCGAUUUUUUGGUCAAAAAAUUGUUACUACAUCUGCUUCUAAUAUAACUACUCCAUCAUGGUACCA